GAACGGCUUUUGGCGCGCUCAGGGGCCGUCACGUUCUGCUGCAGAACCUUCCCGUUCCCGCCGCAAAGAAAGUCACCGAGAGGUUGGGAAUCACACCGGCAAAUCAUCAUCCACUCUCGGAAAUCACAAUCUUUGAACCAUGUCUGCGGAUCUCCGAUGCGUGAUUGUGGCCGUCGACGGCAGCGAGGAGAGCAUGGACGCUUUACGGUGGGCGUUUCAAAAUCUCAAGCUCUGUUCAUCAGGGCCGGAUUCCACCGACGGCACUUUUGUUGUGCUUCAUGUUCAGCCUCCUCCUUCGAUCGCCGCUGGUCUCAGUCCUGCUCCAAUCCCCUUUGGUGGUCCUAGCGAUCUAGAGGUUCCUGCUUUCACAGCAGCGAUUGAGUCGCAUCAGAGGCGGAUUACAGCUGCGAUACUGGAACAUGCUUCACGGAUUUGCUCCGAGUACCAAGUGAAAGUGGAGACUAAAGUGGUAAUCGGAGAUCCAAAGGAAAAGAUCUGUGAAGUGGCUGAGAAUUUGCAUGCUGAUUUGCUAGUUAUGGGGUCCCGUGCUUUUGGUCCCAUCAAAAGGAUGUUCUUGGGAAGUGUAAGCAACUAUUGCACCAAUCAUGUAGAGUGCCCAGUCAUCAUAGUCAAGGACAAGAAAAAGGGAAGCUCGUCUUCAGCUUAAUAGAUUGCAGGUUUCUUUUUUUCUUUUUUUUGUUAUGUGUGCCUGUUAUCGAUGCUCUGAAGUGUCGUAUUCAUCAAUUGGUUGGCCUUCUGCUUCCCUUUCUGCUCUUUUGUAUGUGCAUAGGCGUUGCAGUGUCUUGUGUGAGCCAUCUUGUGCCGCCAUAUUCAUUUUCGUCGGCAAGAUAUCCAAAACAGUAAAUAGUAAGUUUCUCUGUUUCUAUCUGUUGUCCGUUUGUAUGUAUACAAAUAAUUUCCAUGGCCUGGCUACUGAAAAUUGUCCUGCCUUUUGCCAACUUCUACUUUAUUGAGUAACUUUUGUGUGUGAUUCUUUCUAAAUAAUGUCCUUGUAUGUCAAAAAGUUGGAUUGGAUCUUUUUGUUUCAGAUAUUUGUUGUAAAAUUCAAAUUCAUGUGCCUCAA